GGAAUUCAUGGUGAAGCAUAUCUUUGUAAUUCAUACUAUCUCAUUCGAGAUGCAUUUGAAUGCGGUGAAAAAAUUUUCACCGAAAUGUGUUCAUCAUAUGCCAUCCAAAAUUUACGACAAUUACUGCUAUUGGUGAUAGAGUUAGGAUCUGAAGAAGGUUGCCCCGAAGAACGUCCAAAUAAUUUAGAUGAAAUUAUGUCACGACCAAUAAUUGCUUCACCUGUUACUGAUAAAAUGAUAAUUCAACCACCAUCACAAACCCCCGUGAUCUGUGAACCGAUGGAUCAGAAGCAAUUCGCGUCAUGCAUUCAAACCAUCACCACCUUUCAGCCUCAUCCCUUGGCUGUCAUUAGACAACCGAAACAAAUUGAUGAAGCCUGCAAGCAGUUUGUCGAAUUUAAAAAAUGCCAAGCUAAUAUUAGCUGUCUGCCACUAUGGGCCAAAGGAAUGAUAGCGAUGUUCGAUUUUGCUUGCGGUUCGGGAUAUAGCACGUAUAUACAGGUGCGACAAUGCAUCCGUAAAAUGACAACACGUGAGCAUAUACGUGAAUGUGUAAGUGAGUUUUCACGUAGUUCGCCUCAAAUAGCUUGUCAAAGUUCUAAGAAAUUGCUUGCUUGCUCAGUACCUGUAAUUAGUGAGAAAUGUGGUCAACUUGGAGCGCAAUUUGUCACCGAUUAUAUUGGUAAAUUUGUAAGCGUCGUUGAUCCGACAUGCAAAAUCAGAAUGGAACAAAAUGACAAAUCAAUUAUGAGUUAUAAUUGUACGGCUGAGCAAAAUGCUCGCAUCGAUUACUGUGCCGCACCAAUUAAUGAAUUAACAUCCAGAAUUGAUGAAUUAUUUGAAGGUGGAUUGCAACAAUUUUUAGCUAAUGUCAAAAAUUUGGCAUCCGUAUUCGUGAAAGGUUGUAAUUUGACGAACGAAUUCAGGGAUUGUUUGAGGCCAUUGAUAGAGAAGCAAUCGUCAGAACGACAAUGUGUCGUUUCAAGUUGCCUAAUUCAGGCUGGUGAUGGAAUAUGUAAUCAGCCUGAUACUGCUAAGGCUAUUGAUGAUAAUUUAGGUUGUGUUUUUAAGCAGUCAUUACGAAAAUGA